AUGUUCCUCCUACUCGCAAGCCUGGUGACGCUGGCUGCGGCCGCACCGCACACGCUACCUGAAGCCCACUUCACGAAAUCAGCCUUCAAACAGUACUUCCAAAAUAUCUUCCCGGACAAGAAUAGUAUAGGUGUGACAAUGAACACUUACAGCAUACUUUAUCAUUCUGCACCUUGGACGAUAACAAGCACAGGCACUGAAUAUACAUUGUCGAUGCCGAUGUCUGGGUACCAAAAAGAAGAAAUUGCGGUCAUGGCGUACACAGGUAACCUGGCUAUGAGAGCGAUCCACAAGGAAGGGGGUGUUAUUAAGAAAAGUGAAGCAUCAUUGAAUUUUUUGCCACUACUAGUUAAUCCAGCGGGUUGGUGGACGUACCAUGACGGUGUAUUAAAAGUUACAUUCCCGAUCAACGGAAGAAAUACCGAUGCUGGCGCAACUCGCGAUGUCGACGCCUCGGAUGUCGAGCAGAUCGUUUUAGAUUGA